AUGCCACGCCAACCUUCCAUACAACCCGCAAGACAGCUGGUCGAUGUGCAGAUACCACGAAUGACACUUAUUGGCCGUGUGCCCCUUCGCUUUUCAAGAUGUCCCAAGUGCCGAGCGCAAGUCAGGGCCGCACAAGCAAUCGUCCCACUGCUCCCCCGAACCACUCAGCCUGUAACGCCGACUCCCCAUGGGCAAAGCCGUGAACCAUCACUCCUUUCACGAGCGCUAGAAAACGUACCAUUCCGGCGACAACCUAAGGUUGAGCUGCGAUCGGUCGCAGACCGGAGACCGUUGCAAGAAGCGACCACGGAUGAGAAAGGACGUAAGAAAGCGGAAGAGCAACAACAAGACGAUCCCGUGGCGAGUCUUGUUUUCCUGAUCCUGGUGUAUUUAUGCGUCUGGGAAGUGGCGUCUUUGGACUUGACAGUCGCCACGCAAGCGUUUAUAUUAGAGCCUCAGUGGAAUCCGAUGGCUGAAGAGCAGGCGCUUAGCCGAAUUCAUCGGAUGGGUCAAACGAAAGCCGUGAAGACGGUGCGAUACAUUAUGCAGGACUCGAUUGAGGAAAAUAUCUACGAGCUACAGCAGCGGAAGUUGAAACUUGCAGCGCUUACCAUCUCCGGUGAAGUUCAACCAGACGAUCAUAACCAUCUUGAUGAUUUGCGCUUCUUGCUGAGCUAA